UGCUCAAGCGUUUAGUCAUCAGAGGCAGGCGGACAGUGUGCGACCACUUCAACAGCAUUCCUCCUCCACGUUAAACCCCAAGUCUGCAAAAAAAACAAAAAAAACACCAGCAAACAUGGACAACAUGCAUGAAACAGUAGAUGAGGGAGCUGUGCAUGAAGAGCGCCGCGAUGGAGCUGAGAGCCCCGAUCGAGAGCCCACAUGUGAGAGCUCAGGUGAGCAGCUGUGCAGCGAAGUGCAGGUCCACGCCUCUGCGGAGGCUGCGCAAGGCUCGCCGGACUACAUGGACACAAGAGACGAGGACAAACACAGCUGCUCGUCCUCUUCCUCUAGCGAUGACGAUGAGGCCAAACCCGAGAAAGUGGCAGAGGAAAGCGAAGAGGUGAAGGCCGAAGAGGUGAAGACCGAAGAGGUGAAGUCCGAAGAGGUGAAGACCGAAGAGGUGAAGACCGAAGAGGUGAAGACCGAAGAGGUGAAGGCCGAAGAGGUGAAGACCGAAGAGCUACAGAGGGAGCCAGAGCCUGUAGUGGAGGUACAGGUAGAGGAGGUGAAUGGUGAGGUGCACUCCGGAUCCAGGCGCUCUUCUGCCUCCUCGGCGUCUUCUGCGUCCCCAGGAGACCCGUGCGACGACCCACCGAUCCAGCCGAAAACCCUGGAGGAGGAUAACGCAGAUGAUGGGAUGCUGAUGGCGUACACCCACACCAGUACUGACUCCAGCCCAGAGGAGUCUGUUGAAUACAGCCUCGACACUCUGGAGAAUGUCAGCCUGGAUGAGAGCAGCGCUGCACCAGCAGACCCGAACCAGCCUGGAAUCUCCCUGUUUGUCAAGGCAGGCAAUGACGGAGAAAGUAUCGGCAACUGUCCCUUCUCUCAGCGCCUCUUCAUGAUCCUCUGGCUUAAAGGAGUGGUGUUCAACGUCACCACCGUUGACCUCAAGAGGAAGCCAGCGGAUCUGCACAACCUGGCCCCGGGGACGCACCCUCCUUUCCUGACCUUCGACGGCGAGGUCAAGACCGAUAUCAACAAAAUCGAGGAGUUUCUUGAGGAAACUCUCUCUCCUCCGAAGUAUCCCAAACUGGCGGCCAAGCAGAGAGAGUCGAACACAGCUGGAAAUGACAUCUUCGCCAAGUUCUCAGCCUACAUUAAGAACACCAAACCAGAGGCCAACGCUGUGCUAGAGAAAGGUUUGAGCAGGGCCUUGAAGAAGCUGGAUGACUACCUGAACAGCGCCUUGCCUGAUGAGAUUGAUGCAGACAGUAUGGAGGAGGAGAAGGGCUCAAACCGAAGCUUCCUGGAUGGGAACGAGUUCACUCUUGCAGACUGCAACCUGCUGCCUAAACUGCACAUAGUCAAGGUUGUUGCUAAGAGGUACCGUAACUACGACAUCCCCUCAGAAAUGACGGGGGUGUGGCGGUACCUGAACAACGCCUACACACGUGACGAGUUCACUAACACCUGUGCCGCCGACUCUGAGAUCGAGACCGCCUACAAAGACGUGGCGAGGAGACUGGCCAAGUAACUCGGUUGCUGACCCAAGCUGAAACAAAAAAAAAUUAGCAACACACUGCACAAAAACAUCACUUUCAAACAUGCAUGUGACUGUCCUCUUGAGUUUUCAUCAGUGGCAUUUUCAGGAGCCUGCGAUUUUUCACUGUCACAAUAAAAAGGUCAGAUGUUGGAGUCCCUUCGGCGCAGAUGUCUGCGUUGAAGGAUGGCUCAUGUUGCUUUGCAACUCCAGAUGUGAUGGAUUUCAGAGAUUCAGUACAUAGUGUAUAUGGUUUUGCAAUCACAGAAACAGACAUGGCAAAAGAGAAGUGGAGCGGAAGAUAAAUCAAGCACAUUUAACUUUAUUCACAAGUUCCAAACCAGAUUUAAAUUCUGCUGCUGUGACAUAACACUUUUCAACUCAAACAUGAUUGUGUCUGUCUGUAUUUAUUUCUCAUAACACAAAGCUCCCUUUCAUACGUACUCCACCGGUCCACACGGCCAAACAUUUUACUAGCUGCUGAUGUCAGGGUCGUUCACUUUAUUUAUUCCUAAGCCCACAGAAGUCUAGUCUGACUCCAGUGUUUAUUAUUGAGCUCUGGCUCCCGGGAGACACCUUGAUUCAUCUACGAUUGAUGACUGAUGCUAAUUGUUUGCUGAAUAUGACUGUUGCAAUCUGCAGAUUCAUUUUGAUUGUCAUUCAAUUGGUGUUGCUGUAGUAGUUUUGUUUCCUUGAGCUUAACAUUUCUUUAAAAAAUAAAUCACUCCUGCUUAUGUAAGAUUGAUUUUAAGAGAAAGCCUUAGAGGAUUAAUUUAAGAAAUACUUUGAUAUGCUCAAUGACGUUAGUACAGAGAGAACAAAAAUUAGCUGACGAGGGCAUCUGUAGCUCAAAAUGAAGCUUGCUUCUGAGUUGUUUGCAUGCAUGAAUCUCUUUCUGUGUUGAUAUGUGUUGCUGAUAUAGAGCUUCUUUUUAAGAUAUGAAAUACCAGCUGCCUCAACUAUGUGCCUUUAUUUGGAAGUAUCAAAAAUCUAUGCCAAUGUCACUGAUGGACUCAUUAUGAAAAAUGUAUCGCAGCCAGAGCUGAGACAUUAGUUUUGCCUUGAGCUAUUAGUGUUCAGUCUAGGUAUUGAUUUUGUCUUAAGUUACACAUGAUAUUAUGGAUGGAGAGAGUAUUUAUUUAGCAGCCCAAUCAGGCCUGAUUAGGUAGAGCCAUUAGUGCUGCGAUGAAAAGCGUCUUCCAGGCCAGGUCCACAAUGGUCAGGAGCCCUGCCCUCCAGCCCUUCAUCAAAGAGACAUUUCCUCCGCUCUGAGGAGUCGAUCAACAUCCAGAGCCUAAAAGUUCAAGUUCAAAAGUUUCAUUGUCCACGCAGAGGAGGAUGGAAAUUUGUCUUGGGGCUUAUCGUCUUUGGCUUGAUGUCAGGCUGCAACUAUAGCGAGACUUCCUUGAAGAACCAUAAGGCUCUUGUGUGGUUUGGACAAACAUAUGAUAUGAAAUUGGAGCAUGAUGACUGAGAGGCUUGCUCAUUGCGAAGCUCUACAAAUAAAAUAAUAUUUUCACA